UGACACCUCAUCCGGACAGAAAUAAGCAGGCCUAACUGUUAAAUAAAAAACAUAUUACGCAAUUUGGUCAGAAAAUUGUAAAUAAAUAAUAGAUUUGGAUUACAUCAUCUCUUUCAAAUUAAUAAAACCUUAGUGAAGGUCUACAAACACAUUUAUGGAUUUCAACUGGUUUUUUAGAAAUGGCCGUUAUCGGUCAGAUCAACCUAAUUUUUUCUCUGAGGAAAAUGACAUAGGAGAUAGUCCACAUGAAGAGGGAAUAAACUCCUCUGAUGUCCCCUUUAUGGAACCAUUUGGAAAUAUGGAUGACACAGCACGUGGGUUGUUUCAACAUAUGGAAGACAUGCUAAAUAAUAUGUUUUCUUCAUCUUUUGUACCUUUCGGAUCUAUAAAGCUUGAAGAAAGCACUCCAAAUGAUCCUCGUUCUAUGAUGCUUAAAGAUCCUGAUUGUAAAAGAUCUGAGGAAAAUCAUGAUGUCAAGUUUUCUGAUGUGAUAAUUCCUGAUCAUUUUACUGACAGUGACAUUGAUGAACAUGUUGCAAGACAUGGAUUGAUUUUAGAUGAUAAUAAAUCAGAGCGUCAAACCCCUAAGCUUUUUUCAUAUAAAAAGUUUUCUUCUAUAAGAACUGUUCAUUUACCUGAUGGCACUGUUGAAGAGCACAGAAAAUGUACUGAUAGUCAAGGAAAUGUUACUACAACAAUCCGUAGGUCUAUUGGAGAUCAGAGCUAUGAAGUUACUACUCAUGCAGAUAAUCAGGGUAUAAAAGAAAAAGAAGAAAACUUGACAAAUUUGGAUGAAAGUGAAAUAUCAGAUUUUGAGCAGCGAUGGUUAAAUAUGAAGAACAGAAAACUGCCAAUUCAAGAACCAAGAUCAGAUUUAGUAUUACCUAAAUCUGCACCAGCUGGAGAUCCUUCCUAUUUAUCCAUUUUCAAGAAAUUCUUUGGGCUCUAAUCAAAUAACUAUUGCUUGUAAUCUAUGUAGAUAGUUUAUAUAUAUAUAUGAAUGUAAAAUUAACAUUUAAUUUUACUUUUAUAAUUUUAAAACUGUUUUCAAUAAAAAUAUUCCACUUUA